AGAAGAGGAGAUGCAAUGAGGCUCGGGAUUUGAACUAAUGCCACCGCACUGACUCAUCCAGGGAGAGUAAAGGAGCUCAGAGAACAAGGAUACUAAAUUAGAGAGGCGCUUGCUCAAGGGAAAGAGAAGGGAGGGGGCUUACGUGUUAAAGCAAGGGGACAGAAGAGUUCGCCUUCUUGGCCGAGAAGAGCCAAAUCAAGAGCUAGUUCGAUAAUUCAGCCGAACCUUUUCAACAAUAAGUAAAUAAACAGCCUCAAAAUCCCGGGCUGAGUCAUCCAGUCCAGUUCGAGCAGGAAGACGGCACUUUUCUGAAGGACUUAAUUAUACAGGAGGCAACGAUCCUUCUUAAAACUACAGAGAGAUCAAGACUUUGAUACCACUAGGCAGGCAAAGUGGAAGGAAGGGGAAACAAGAAACGUCCAAUUUUCUUUAGAAAUAAAGACGCGUUUGGAAAGAGAACUCUCUCUCUCUUUUUUUUUUAAAAAAAGCCUUUUCAUAGUUAUGCUGACGUUCUUAAGAGACUCGGUAAUUUGGCUCUACAAGCAGUGAAUUUUGCAUUCUUAUACGUGGGAGGUUUGGGGGGAUUCUUUUUUUAAAUCCCACGGUCCCAUUUCGAGAGAGAGAGAAAUCAGGACUUGUUUUAAAAUAGAAUCCAAAUCCAAACUGCCAGCUGCAUCCGUCUCUACCUGAGCGCGCUUGAAAUCUGAAGCAUCAAUUAUACGAUUGGAAACCAAGACAGGAAGGGACUGAGCAAGAGGGAACAGCAGCUAGAAAGAUUGUGUGGUUUUUUUUGUUUUGUUUUUUUGCUGUUUUUUUUCAUUAUUAUUCCUCUCCUGCUUGCACCUUGGACAAUGUACCAGGACUUUCCGACAAAUUUUGAUACCUCCUCUCGGGGCAGCAGCACUUCUCCAGGACAUCCGGAAACUUACCCGAGCAUCACAACUCAACAGAAAUUCCGGGUCGAUAUGCCAGGAUCGAGCAACACAUUUAUUCCUACUCUCAACGCAAUAACCACCAGCCAAGACCUACAGUGGAUGGUUCAGCCCACCGUGAUAACCUCCAUGCCAAGUGCCUACUCUCGCUCGCAUCCCUACAGCCACGCAUUGCCGAACCUGUCUUCGGUUACUGGACACACAGCCCUACAAAGGCCUGGUGUUAUUAAAACCAUUGGGACCACCGUGGGCAGGAGAAGAAGAGAUGAGCAGUUAUCACCUGAAGAAGAAGAGAAGCGAAGAAUUAGAAGAGAAAGGAACAAACUAGCAGCAGCAAAAUGCCGUAACAGGCGCCGAGAGCUGACUGAGAAACUCCAGGCAGAAACAGAGGAGCUGGAGGAGGAAAAAUCGGUGCUGCAAAAGGAGAUUGCUGAACUAGAGAAAGAGAAAGAGAAGCUGAAAUUCAUGUUAAUGGCCCAUAGCCCCAUGUGCAAGAUCAGCCCCGAGGGGCAUCGAACCCCUCCACCUCAUAACCUCCAGGCCCUGAGGACUGGAAUGAGCGGCCCUGUGGUGGUGAAGCAAGAGCCUGUGGAGGAAGAGAUCCCCUCUUCCUCGUCAGAUCCCGAAAAAGGGCAGAGAUCUGUCAUUAAGCCCAUCAGCAUUGUUGGGGGGUUUUAUGGAGAAGAGCCACUCAACACACCUAUUGUGGUGACUUCGACUCCUGCUGUUACCCCUGGAACAUCCAACUUGGUCUUCACUUAUCCCAGCGUGCUGGACCAGGAUUCACCACUCACCCCAUCAGAAUCCUGUUCCAAAGCUCACCGGAGGAGCAGCAGCAGUGGAGAUCAGUCAUCUGAUUCCUUGAACUCUCCAACUCUACUGGCGCUGUAACCCUUUAGCCACCACUCCACCCAGUUACUGUUGGGGGGGGAAGCCCCACCUCAAGAUCAGAGACAGCACAAUGGCAUUCGAGCACAAGGCCAACAAGAGCCAGGAAAGGAAAUGAUGUUGCUCCAGAUAUUUCCUUAGACAGGAAGACUAGAACAAAUGAAAGCUAUAUCAGUCUGGAGUUGGUAAGCAGCAGUCAGAAUCCCAGGACUCAACGGUGAGGGGUUUUCUCUCCUUCACCAGUUACUGCAGUGGAUGUGACCAUCCAUAAAUUGCUAGCCGUUUUCCUGUCAGGCUGAUGAAUGGACUGUCUGAACUGGCUCCUUCUCCUGCGCUAAGUAGUACAUUCCAGUUAGUUGAUCUCAUUUGGGCCUUAACUUUUUCUUGAUUUUUGUUGGAUACCAUGACAUUUCGAAAACUCUAAAGGCUUGCUGAACCACUGCUGAUAUUGAGAGCUGCCUCCUUGGGAAUGUUUGCCAUAUUGGGUGGCUUUUGGCACAUGGUGGAAGUUUUGGGGGAAAUUUAUUACAGGUCCAAAUGGUUCUUCAAAAGUUACACAUCCAGUGUCUUCAUUAGGGAAUGGGGGAAAGUGAUGGGGAAACUGGUUAACAAAAAGAGAAGAGUCUCCUUGAAGACAAUAGAGGACAGUGCACUGUUUGUGUCUACAAAGGUUGUAUCUGCAACAUACCUUCGUCAGUGGGCCAGGAGUGGUGCCAAGAGGGCUGGGGAAAUGCCAGAGUGGGUUUCCACUAAGCCUUUGUUUCUGGCAUGAUGUCUUCUGUAAUUAGUGUUUGUCAAAUCUGUUGCAGGACCCUGUGUUUUCUUUCCUUUUGGCUGCCAGCCAGCCACUUUGGGUGUGAGGCAGCUUCCUCUGAAGUAUGCCCGAAUCACAUGCUGGUGCCAUUUCUCAAACAAAGCUACCAGCUUCCAGGUUGCAGACGGUUGCCUUUGCCCAGUGCUGCCAUUCUUCUUGCGGCUGAUCAGAAAGGGGGAUUAAUUUGAGGGAAAACGUGCAAGAAGCUCCCUUGGAGAAAUUUCCCCCUUUGGCUAAAUUUUGCUCAUUGGGACCUGGCUUGGAUUAUGGGCAUUGCCAUCUGAUGGUGUCAGGCCAAAUCAGUCCCUUUUGUCCUUUUUCUGGUCCUAGAGACCACUGAAGAAAAAUGGAUUCUGCACUUUGCUUCCCGCUGCACUUGGUUUCCAACUCUUAACUAAAUAUGGCUGAUAACAACAAAAUCUGUGCUCACUACUGAAAAAGGCAGCAUGUUUCACUUAUGUUCAUCCCCUGUAGUGCCAAGCAUUGAUGCAUCUGUACUUAAAGAAUUUUCAGAUUUUAGCAUGGAUACCCACAGAAAAAUUGGAGAGAGAUUAGUUAUAUCUUCAUCUGGAAGUAGACAGUUUUAUUGUAAAACUUAUUCUUUACAAAACACACAAUAUAGCUCAAGUUAACAGUAAACAUAUUAAUGACUAGGUCUUUUUCUUUUAUGUCAUCUGUGGGUGAGCAAGGCAAGGAAGCUGAUAGAUUUUUUUACCCCAUUGUGCUCUUCAGAGAGCAGCUUCUUGAGUUUGGGUGGGAUCUUCUUCAAGCCAUUUUAACUCCUGCGGUGAGCAUCUUUGCCUCUUCAAGCUUUGCCUUAACAGCUGGGAAACUGCCGUCUUGAUUCAAAGCUGAUUUUCAUUGAUAUCAGUGAUCACAUUCCUGUUUAUUUUUAAUGCGUCUGGAUCACAGCCAUAGUUAGGAAUAUAAUGCUAGGCUAUUUGAUCACAGUUUCUAGUUUAAUGAAGUUUGGUGACCUAAAUGAAUUCCAGGGAAUUUGAGUGCUGUAAAGGUAUUGUUUGAUUCAAGUGGAGCUCAGUUCAUGGUGAUUUCCUGAACAUGCUUAUGUCAUUUUUUGGACAACGUUGGUGGCUUGCCGCCUUCAAGGAUAUUUUUGGACUUCAGUCUAAUUUGCAAUCUGGGAUUCCCUAGAGGUCUCCCAAAUAUUGACUAGAUCCAAAACAAACUGCUUAGCUUCUAAACCCAGAAAUGUCUAAUGAAGUUUCAUUAUCUAUUUUUGUCUAUGCUGGCCAUAGGAGGAAAAAAAAUUCUGGCUACUAGUAAUUCAUCUGACCGCUAAACAUGCUCUAGACAUUACUUAACACUAUCAAGUUUCUAUUUAUAGCAAUAAAAGCCAAACAUUUGCUUAUAGGGGGGAAAAAGGGUGUACAAACUGAUUUUUCUAACUUUAUCUCCUAUUGCAAAUUCUAUGUUUAUUGAAAUAAUUUAAAUCAGCCAUCCCAAUUUAUGCUCUGCGUGCAACAGCAUAGUCUGAGCCAAAGGUCAUGUGGUGAACAAGAGUUUUUCUGUAAACACAUUGAGCUGUUCAUGUUGAGGAAGGCUGGUGCAAAACCAGAAUAAAAAGUUGUCUAGAACUGCUUUUAUAUGCUCAUGAUAAGAAAGUUGUAUUACUCAAGAUUCAGACUUCAGCAUCUCAUGUUUGGUAUUUUAAGGAGGAUUCUGAUCUUAAUAGGAAGGGAAAGCCAGCAUCUUCUUGUCACUAGAAUCAAUAGGAACUGCCCAAUAUACUUACAUCAGAAGUAAGGGACCAAUUCUUCUUUGCCUUAGUGUUUCAGAAAUAAAAUUGCCAUAGUUCAUUUAGCACAAAUUCCAUCUCCUUAGGAAUUAAUGGAAAACUAAACGGUAAAUAAAAUUAAAUAAUUUGACCUGCAAUCUUGGAAGUUAAAUGAUUAUUGGCAAAGGGGACAAUAUUCUGUGAAAAUUCUCAUUCUAUUAAAGUUGUGCCAAUAGCAGGGUUAGGUAUUCAGUUCCACGUUGAAUCUACUAGUUGCCAUCAUUCAGCAGAUAAACCUGCAGCUAAUAAGUGUUUUUUCAAGAAGUGUUGCUCCAGAAAACCGGGAGAAUUGAAAAAAGUAGCUGAGUAGUGAUCCUUGACCCUAGCCCAUGAAGCAGGACAUGAUGGUGCUGAGAUCAAUCAGAUAGAAAGUAGAAAAAUGUUUCAAGCUUCGCUGAAGGAACAGCAAUCUUAAGGGAUGCUUCUAGAUAUCUAGACUUCUAUAAUUGGUUCUGGUUGUAGAGUCAGAUCUCUCCCGAUAAUUUUAGCUUGCUUCUCAUUUCAUUUUUAUACCAAUGGCUUUGUGUGUGCCAGCUGGAUGAUGGUUCCUGGAACCUACCAAAAGUAGAUUUAUAUUUGGUUCAUCCAGUCUUGUUAUUUCAAGCAGAUUGAAGUAAAUGAGGCCAUUAUGCUCUUCCAGUAAGUGGUGUCUUUGUGGCUAAUAUGUUUUGGUCAACCUUGGUUCAUUAAUGUGUUCAGAUUAAGCACUGCCAUAUUCUGGGUAGUUGAAUCCAGCUUUUAUUCAAGUUUUGGCUUUUCUUUGGCAUCUUUUUAAAUAUGCACACUUAUACCCUUGAAAUGGCAUAUUUGCAUUUCCCCUUCUGCCUCAUAGGUGUAAAUGCUGUAAAAUGUUCGCAUGGCACAAACUCUUCUAUUUUGGUUUUUUCUUCUACAAGCUUUGACAGAGAAACAUAAAGCUAUGUUUUAUAAUUCUCCCAACUUGCUGAAGAUGACGUAGUAGUAGGAAUUACUUAGCCUCUUGAGAGCAAUAUAGGCUGGCAUCUUACACACGGCUGGUGGUGAUCAAGUAACAUCUCAGAUCUAGUUUUCUGUGGUAUAGUUCUGUGAGUAACACGCUUGUGUGUGAAGUCCUAAUAACAGCUUUUGUGCAAUAAAGCAAACUUGAGAGGUUUUGUAGAAUACAUUCUAUCCAAAUCUUUUACAAUCUAUAGGAUUUAUUCCAAACUUGAGAUAUUUAAGUCUCUGAUCUGGCAAUGUUUUGCCCAGCUACUUUAAGACUUGUAUGCAUGCCUUGAGAGAAAGCAGCUCCUGUUCUUGCAGUAUUUGGGGGGAUGGGGGAAGCAUUUUUUCCAGAGAAAAAGCUUAUUUGUCUCUCAACACUAAUGCAUUUUCUCUCUUUAAAUUCCUGCUUCCUACCCAUUCUUAGUUCUAAUGUUUAUACUUGACUUUUUAUUUCCAUUAGAACACAAUCCAGCUAACUCUUUGCUUUGCAGCUUCUGUUAGUUUCAACCUGUUUUGACCUGAUGACACAGCUAGGGGUGGCGUAAUCACUGGGCUUAAUGAAUUUUGCUUAUUAAACCAGCUGAGUACUUGUGAUAUAAUAGGACCUGAGGUGGUCAUAUCAGUAUCAAUGGAUUUUUUUUAAAAAAAAUAUCCUUAUUAUAUUGUUUUAUUUAAUUCAUCCACUAAGUUCAUUUGAACUUAGCAGUAUGCUGCUUCUGUAUUCCACUCAAUCAUAGAAACACUCAUUAUUUCUUAUUUAUUGGCAAGCAAACAUUUUUUUUGUGUCGGCUACAGUGAAUCUGCCCACCAUGAAUUAAACAACUUGUUCCUAUUUUUUAAUGCCAAAAUGAAAUUAAUCAGAGAGGGUCAACUAUUUUAAAAGAGAAUGCAAACGAUAGCAUAUCUUUCUUGUGUUUUUUUUUUACGUAGACAUAUAAUGUUUACAUCUUUUUCUUUGCCGCAGAUCUGGAUUUGAAAAAAAAAAAAUUCUCUACUGAUUUUUAAAAUCUUGAUUUUUUUCCCUUUUUUGAAUAAAAACAGUUAGAUAUGGUAAGGGUUAAUAAUUUCUCCCCUUCCCUUUGUAUAAUUUUUCAACGAAUUGUCUUGGUGCUUCAUUUUGGUUCUCAUUGUUGUUCUGUUCAAAUCUGCACGAAUAUCUAUUCCAGAGGUCUUCAAACUUGACAGCUUUAAGACUUGUGGACUUGAACUCACAGAAUUCUCCAGCGAGAAUUCUGGGAGUUGAAGUCCACAAGUCUUAAAGCUGCCAAAUUUGAAGACCUCUGAUCUAUUCUGUUUACUAGUCUCAGUUUCAUGUUCUUUUCAUUCAUGAGAAUUAUUGUUUCUUGGUGGGGGGCGUGUUCAUUAAGCCAUAAGUAUCUAUCUGUGCAAUAAACACUAGGCAAGUGCUUUCAGAAAAGGUUGGUAUCUCAGUCAUAUGUGCUUUGCAGGCAAAAUUUUCCAGGGCUAUUCUAAGUAGGGCUGCCUCAAUUGUUGAAUGAAACAGACUUUUAUCUAUAACUCACUUUCUCUUUUCUUCCAAAAACCAGUGGUUCCUAUGAUCACGUUCAGCAUUCCAUUUCGGUGGCAUUUUUGCAUAUCAGUAUAAUCCUAGUGCAUGUUUUAUUCCAAUUUAUUAAAAAUCCAUUCUGCAGGCAGAAAGAUUAAAAUGGGCAAGCAGAAUAUGGUUUAAUUUCCACAGCAAUCCUUCCAUUACAUCCAUUGGUUGGCGUGAAUUGGUUUUUUGUUUUUUUAAAAAAAAUUGACAACAAAGAAUGUUGAUGUGAUUCCAUAUCCAGGCUGAUUGUCUAACACUGUUCUUGGCAUACGCAAAGGGAAAGAAUAUCAUGGCAAAAAACAAAAAACCGGGAAACCUGCAAGAACACCAAAUUGUACACGUAUAUGCAUAUUUUCUAAUUAUAGAAAACAAAGCCAGAAGAACUGAAGGAAGUAAGCGUUUUUAUGUCUUUCUCUGCAAAUCUCAUGAGAUAAAUAAGAGCCAUAAAGAUUAGGAGUAAUUGGGGAGGGGUGGGAGAAGCACCAAAACUUACCUAUCUAUGGAAGAGGUAGGGGAUAUAUAAAAUGUACAGCAAAAUGGUUUCUAAAAAUGAACUUUCAAUCUUCUUCAAAUUAUAAGUUAGAACAAGAGAAUUCUCUCUCAGUAAAAGACUAUUUUUCUCUCCUAAAAAUGGUUCUGCUUCCUUCCCACUCUUGAAUUUUAAUACUGUUCUGAUUCUUUUGUGGCUGUUUUGUUGUAGGAAAACCAGAAUUAUGUGUUGAAAAUAAGACAUUUGGUCUGUCUCAGUGAGCAGAUAAAUGUUGUGCAUGUGUAUAGAUUCUACUGUGUAGUCCCAAUAAAUAUUGGUAAGAAAAAGUGCAUCUUCAUUAGCACAGUAAAUUGAUGGUAUAAAAUAAAAGAAUGCUUUAGGAUCAAAGGGCCCAAUUCUUUCUUUGUUUAUAUGACUGUGAUAUUAAAUGCAUUCACCUUAGAUGUAUGUACACCAGUGUUAAAAUCAGUAGAAAAAAACUGUUUCAGUGAUUUUAUUUUUCCCAUCAUAUAUACAAAUCCAAAAGUUUUGAAUUUCUUUUUCCCCAACACGGGGUGAAAUAAGUUUGGAUAAGAGUGAUUUAAAUCGGGAGCCCUUUUCUGAAUGUCUGUGUAGGAUCUCUCAUUGGCAGAGAAGUUUGCCGGCGAGGUCAUCUUAUUCCUUUUCUUGUAAUGCAGGCCUACAAUAUUUGCACUAAAAUUAACAAAAAUAAUGGUAUGGAGGUGGUUUAAAGAAAGGUUGCUGCUAUGAAAGAAAGAACUUAAAAGAAUGGCCGUGCUUUUACAGAUUUUAAUGUACCAUUUGUAAAUUGAAAUCAGUCUAGAUGGAAAAGAAUGAAGGUUUUAUAUGUAUGUGUGUGUAUAAAAUUAUAAUUGUUAUUUUUUACUUUCUCUUGCUGUUCAUUUCCACAUCCCACUUGAUUCUACUCUGUGUUCUUUCAUUGCUACUUUUGUGAUUGUGUUCAUUAACCCCAUCCCCAAGUUUAAACACUUGUAAAUGAUGCUUUUAUGGCACUGCGGACACCUUUUUUUUUUGUUUGUACAGUGAGAUCUAACUGGAGUUCUUCUCUCUCUUCAGUUGAAUUCAUUAAAAAAAAUUCUUUGUUAUGA